AUGAAGGGGGUCAACGUGUUGGCGAUGCCGCCCCCGCCCGUCCCUCUGCCCAGCCACAGGACGGCGCCCAAGGUGACGCUGUUCUCGAGGAUCGGGGCGGAAUCGGAGUCGUGCCAGGAGGGGGAGAAGUUUCAUGAUGCGGAGGCGAGGCCUGCGCUGCCGCCGCCUCCUCCGCCUCCGGUGAGGAGCGAUCCGCCGAGGCGCACGACGACCCCGCCGAGGAGGAUCCGGACGGAAGGAGAAGCUCGGGUGGUGUUUCCAGCGGGGCGGGUGGCAUCGCGGGCCCCCCGACCCCCCGACCGCUGGAAUGAUGUAACAUCACUAGCGAGGGCCCCGAUGCGCCCGAAGUUGGGGGCCCACCCUCUUCGUGGCAUGCAGGAGGUGUUUGGCAUCAUCAGGAUCUUGAUCAGGAACUGGAAGUCUUCAGGCUCUGAGUCGUGA